UAAGACUCCGAAUUGGAUCAGUAUGUUAGCGUCAGAAUCGAGCAAUGCAUGCCGCCUUCUCUUAAGUAUUGGCGAAACUGUGGUAUCUACAAAACUACUUGUUUAGGAAGUAUAUCGUAUAUGGAACUGGAAGUGUAGACAUUUUGAUCGUGAAAACAUCACUUCACAGUUCCAUAGGGUCAACUACUUCCAUUGAUAUACUCGUAUAUAACCAAAUCUUACACCUGAUUAAAAAUAGGAAAAUAAUCACCAGCAUGGCUGUACUCUUUCCGUGUGUGAAAGUACAAUGCCAGCUGCCUGCGUGGACCGUCGUGCUGUAUUUGACAGUUCUGUUAUGUGCAGCAAAUGCAGACACCUCGUACAACUCCUUCACAAAAAACUUACAAGUGGCACAAGAAGUAGAAGGAUCUGCUUUAAGUUCCGGUCUUUUGGUCGAAAUUGCAACGAGAUCAAAUCUGGAAUGCGGCAUAAGGUGUUUUGCUACUUCCGGUUGCAGAGGAUUUAUUUCCAGUGGCGUGGCUCCCGGUACCAAAUGCCAGCUGUUUGACAGGACUCUUCGGAAGCUGCAUACUCCAGUGUCUGACAGUACUGCUCUCUACUUUCGGAUGGACAUCGUUAACUGCCCACUCAGUUUCACCAACUACAGCGGUAUGUGCUUCAAGGAAUACACCACGCCUAUGACGUGGACACAGGCAAUGACGUCAUGUCAGCAGGAGGGUGGAUAUCUCUUCGAUGUAUCUACUGCAGACAGACAAACGUUCGUACAAGGCGCAUUUGACAUCAAUUUUGACUAUCAUCUCGGAGGAUUUCUGGAAAACGGUAAUUGGAUAUGGCCAGACGGCUCCCUGAUGUCGGCCGGAUACACAAACUGGGAAUCAACUCCAACGACUGGGGGAUGUCUCAAAGUUCAAACUGGAGGAUCAUUUUUCUGGACUGACAUAGAUUGCAACGCAGACCUAUUGAGAUCAGUGUGUGAAAUCAAAAUACCAAACAGUUAACUGCAAUAACGUGUAGUGUUUGUGUAGAUGUACCGGUGAUUAAAAAAUACGAAUCCUUCAAACUAUGAACCUACAGGCUUUACUUUUACAUGUAUUUUUUAUAUUUCCUCUUUCACAGUUUUGUACAACCUUACAAAGACAUCAUGUCCGGUGAAUCAUAUGAAAAUAUGACAUAAACAGUGAUAUUACAAAGGUGUUCAAUUUAAUUAAGCUGUCAAAUUGGUAUAAAUUAAAAUACAUGAUAAAGUUGCAUGGACGGUUUGCGGGUAAACACGAAUAUGAGAAAAAGUGGCAUGACCCACGUUAUCUUAAAGUAAAAAUGCAUGAUAUCAGUUCGUCUACCCGCACAAACGCAAUAUAUUAACCGAAUACCGAUGAUAUAAAAAUAUGUAGAUACGAAAGAAAAUUAUGAGGUACAAUGUAGUAAAAUGUCUUCGGUCAUCGUACAUGUAUUAAAGGAUUUGUGCAACAGUGGUCAAAAAUGUGUCAAAAUAAUCUAUAAACUCAUUUAAAUAACCUUUUUUUACGGGAAUGUAAUUCAACAUUCCGAUAAUGUAUAAUUGUUUCGUUUAUGGGCUGAUGUUGUAGCGCGGAGAACACCAAGCUGGAGUUAAUGAGCUCGCUGGUCACGUGAUCGCGUGACGUCAUAAUAGGACGAGGGUUUCCCCAAGCUAUCCUUAGCCUCUCGCGUACUUGACCUUGGCUCACUUCGAUAUCUAAUGAAAACUUCGUAAAUUUAUCAACAAACACCAUGUCAGAUACCGAUAGCGAUGUUCCUGAAGUUGGGGGUGAGCUUGAUAUUUUACCCUACCAAUUUGAACCCGCGAGAAAACACGUAGAUCGAGUUACAGAAGAAAUGUAUUCGUCACAAUCAGAGACAGACGAGUCUGAUGACGGGGACGACCAUGCCAGGGCACGAGACAUCCGCACAGACAACAUCGCAUGGUAUGUCACCUCAAGAAAAUGAGAAAUAAAAUAUAACUACGAGUACAUGUUUUGUUGAAGAAAUCGCAAACUUCCGAUUUAUGUCGAAAUGAUUGCCAAAACAGCAAAAGUUUUUCUCUUGAUUCCCAUUCUCCCUGCCCCUCCCUAGGCCUAAACGCGGAAACGUUCAACAUCUUUCAUAAGCCGAUUGAGGAUUACCGAUUUUAAAUGUAUUUUGUUUAUAACAAAGAAAAGAAAUAAAUGUUCACAGGAAAAUACUUCAUAUGUGCAUACAUAAUCACAUAUUUAUAACGUCUUUUCGCGGAAUCAGAUUCAAGGCUAGAUAAAAGAUGAAGUAAAUUUAUA